AUGGAGUAUAUACUGAACGACCAAGAAAUUGAUAGAGUCAUUCAGAAAAAUGAGACCUAUUAUUCCAUAAUCGAAUUGAAUGACGUUCUUUACUUAAAUAAUAAAUUGUACCGAAAGAUAGAAACCUUGAGGAAUUUGCACAACUUGAGGACCCUCUACCUGAACAAUAAUGCCUUGGAAAUUAUCUCCGGAUUGGACUCUUGUGUGAAUCUUAUUGCUUUAUAUCUGAAUUGCAAUAAAAUUUCCAAGAUCGAGAAUUUGGACUCCUUGACGAAACUGAGAAUUUUAAAUUUAGAGGACAACAACAUUUGUAUGAUAGAAAAUUUGGAAAAUUUAAAAUUAUUGGAGGAUUUAAACUUAAGUAACAACUGCUUAGGAAGUAAAAGUUCCGCACACGUUUCAAAUUUAUGCAAAAAUGAAAAUUUAAGUAUUUUGAAUUUAAGCAACAAUAAUAUCGAUGAAGACAUUUUAAAGGAUUUAUCUAACAUGAAAAAUUUGUCCGUUUUGUAUUUCAUGAAUAACCCUAUGUUGGCAAAAUAUAAGAAUUAUAGAAAAUUGUUUUUGCACACUAUGAAGCGGCUUACAUUUCUAGACCAGAAGCCUGUUAAGAUGGAUGAGCGCAGGGCCUACAGCAGAACAAGUCGAAAUGGAAAAGAUAAAACAGGAGAAACAAAAAAGACACGAAUAUUCGGUAGAAUGUAUGACCUUCAUAUAUUACAUGUUGCGAGAAAAAGCUUGUUUCUCUGGAGAAUAAAAACGUAG